ACGCAGCCGUAAGCCGUUCCCCCAAAAAAGGCCCGAGCUCAGCAGAGCCCCGCACCCACCAGUCCACCGCCGCCCGAAACCCCAGCCAACCGGCGGCGGCGGAGAUGUCGCUGUCCUCGGUGAAGAUCGGCGAGGAGGUGUGGCUCACAUGCCUCUCCCACGCCCUCACCACCGAGACCGAGGAGGUCAUGGGCCUCCUCCUCGGCGACAUCGAGCUUUCCAGCAAGGGCGCCACGGCCCUGAUAUGGGGGGCGUCGCCGCAGAUGAGGUGCGAGCGGAAGAAGGACCGCGUCGAGGUCAACCCCGAGCUUCUCGCCGCCGCAUCCGCGCAAGCCGAGAAAAUGACGGCCACCAUCAAGAGGACUACGAGGGUGAUCGGGUGGUACCACUCGCACCCACAUAUCACCGUUCUGCCGUCCCAUGUAGAUGUUCGUACCCAAGCAAUGUUUCAGUUGCUGGAUACAGGCUUUGUGGGCCUGAUAUUUUCUUGUUUUAGUGAAGAUGCUCAAAAGGUUGGAAAAAUCCAAGUGACUGCCUUUCAGUCAGAGGGUGGACAACAGCAUGCCCUUCCUCUUGCCAUCGCUCCAGUCAUUGACCUUGAUUCAUCCUGUAGCUCAUCAGAUAAUGCGUUUGCUUCACAUUCUGCAUCGGUUGAAGGCAUGGAACAGGACACAGGGGAUUCCAGGGCCUCAAAGAAUAACAAGGCCUGGAGAAGAUCUAUGGAUUUCUACUCUCAUCCUGACACCAGUCAUUCCACAAGUUAUCAACCCAGAGAAAAUGCUCUCAUUCUGUACAAUCCUGAUAACACACAAGAAGCGUCUGUUGAUCCAUAUGAUUCAGAUAUGACUCCAAGCCUCCAGGAGGCUUUGCACCGGUCAACUAUGGACAUAAGUGGUGCAGAGUAUAGAGGGAAGGAGGUUCCACUUUUUGUGCUCCCUACAAGGUAUCUCCUCAAGCUGGACACCACAAUGACCUCUUACUGCGAUAUGCAACGAGUCCUCUUUGAAGAGGAGCAAUCAGCAUAUAAUCAAGCUAUGCAACAAAAUAUUUGUGAUGGGAAAAUUCACCCUCUUACAUCCAUUCACCAUACAUCUACAUACAACUCCUCUCUCUGCAAACUAAUGGAGUAUUGUUUGAGUCCAGCUGUUACUACGCUUCAGGAUCGCCUGAAGGAAAAUGAACUUCGGCUAUCUAUGUUACAAGAGGAGGCUAAGCAACUUGAGGCUGAUACACAAAGCAUGAGAAAUAAUUCUCCUCGUCGCCUCAUGAAUCAUGGAGCUGGUGGCAACAGUUCACCUAUGGCUCAGAGCAGGCAUCCUUUCUCCAACCAAGGGAGCCCUAGAAGCCCGAUGGGUGGCAGCCGGAGGAGGGCUUGAUGAUCCUGCUCCGCCUGAUGUGUUGAUGAAUAUUGUCCGUUGUGGCUUAACCAGAUGCUUCCUGAAACCCCAGAUUUGAUGGACGAAGUGCCCAGACAAUAGCACUGUACCCUGUACAUACCCAUUGCCGUUUAGCGCUGUGCUGUUGUGGAAUCCCAAGGGUCUCACUUUGCUUUGUUGUAUUGGGGUUCCUUAUCCGGUUCCGGAGCUGUGCCAUUAUCCUUUCCAUGGUUGGCCUGAGCUUAUAGCCUGUACACUGUAGACUCUGUACUAGAGGUUUACCUGAAAGGCUGAACUGCCGCUGCUAAGAUGUGAUGUUCCCAGGCAUAAGCAAAGAUGAAGGUUGUCUUUGCUUUGUAAUUGGAAAGAAAACGACUUCGGUAGCAAAUCCAUUUUCUUGAUAAGCUGCAGCCGCCCCUUUGCUUCGGUAGUGCCAAA